GGCCAGCUCAGAGUCAGAGAGGAGGGACCGACUGCGUGCAGCUCUGCGGGGCCAGCUGUCGUUCGCUCAGAGCUGCGUCUUUUUCUCUCUCUCACUCUCUCUCCCGACUCUCCCUCCCACCCCCUCGGUUCUCCGCUGGCCUCAUCCCCUCCAUGGGACUCCAGACCUGGCCACCGAGCAAACCAGCACUGUCCUCCAUGGCCUGCCUUGAUGUGGAGACCCCGUCCAUCUGCAGGGGUAAAUUCAAAUCAGUCCUCCAGCUGUGUCUGCAGCAGAGGAGAACCCGGGAGCAGCUUGUGGAGCAAGGCAUCAUGCCACCUCUGAAAACACCUGCUGCCUUUCAUGAGCAGAUUCGCAGCCUGGAGAGAGCCAAGACUGGGAACUUCUUAAAGCACAAACUCUGCAGCAGGCCUGAGCGAUCUGACCUGGUCCGUAUGCACAUCCUACAAGAGACGAAGGCUGAGGCCUCCCUGCACGCCACCCAGAUGAAGCUAAAGCGGGCCAGACUGACUGACGAUCUCAACGAGAAGAUCGCCCAGCGACCUGGACCCAUGGUGCUAGUGGAGAAGAAAAUCCUGCCUGUGGACUCUGCAGCUGAAGAGGCCACCGAUGGUGAUAAGGCGAACCACUCUAAGGCAGCAGAUGUUUACAGCUUUGAUGAAGACAGCGCUGACGCCUUAUCACCAGAGCAGCCUUUCAGCCAGGAAACUCCCAGCUCCACCUCGGCCUCGCUUAUAGAGUCCACUUCAUUCUCCUCUCAGUUAAAUUCUCCCACACAGCACUCCUCGUCACCUAACUCACAGCUCUCAUCAGAUUUGGUCAAUCCCAUCUCUGCCAGUGAACCACAAAGCAACGUGCAAGCAUCUACACCUCUGCCAGUCACGACUGUCGCUCCCAUUGUCACGCCAGGGCCAGUUCUCGUGAAGCAGAGCCUGCCCAAGGUUCCUGGCGACAAAGGCCGCAGCAAAAAGAGCAAAGAGCCCAAGCCUUGGGUGAAAAAGCUGAAGUACCAUCAGUACAUACCACCGGACCAGAAGCAGGAGCUCAACGAGAUGCCGAUGGACUCUGCGUAUGCUCGCCUCCUGCAGCAGCAGCAGCAGUUCCUGCAGCUCCAGAUCUUAAGCCAGCAGCAGCAGCAGUACAACUACCUGUCUGUGCUGCCCGCCACAGUAAAGCCAGCAACUGAGGUACAAACCAGCUGUUCCAGUGGAAACGCCGCAUCUGCCCCCGUCCCGCCGCACCACUCUCACACCCGCCGCAAGCUGCGUCAUUUACCCAGCAAUCUGGAUGAGAUGAAGGUCGCUGAGCUGAAAAUGGAACUGAAGCGCAGGUCUCUGCCUGUCUCUGGCACUAAGACAGAUCUGCUUGAGAGGCUCAAGUUGUAUCAGGAGACAUCUAACAUUCAGAAUGCUGCUGCUGCCAUGGAAACGGUGGCCUCACAGUCUGAACACACAAAGUUAACUCCACCUGUGUCCCCCAUAGCUUCCAAAGUGUCCAGUCUGGGCAUAGAGGACAGUAGUAUGGCAGACAGUCCAGCAAAUCCUUCAGAUGCUCAGUCAAGAACUUGCUCAGCUCCCUGCAUGAGAGCUCCACAGGAGGAGUUACCCACGCAUGGGAAGCACUCAGUCAAGGACUCUGAAAAGGACAAACGUCUGUACGAGAAGGAGCGUCAGAUUGAGGAGCUGAUGAGGAAGCUGGAGCAGGAGCAGAGGCUGGUGGAGGAACUGAAGAUGCAGCUGGAGGUGGAGAAGAGGAGUCAGCACGGAGAUUCUCCACCUCAGCUCUGUCCUCUCACUCCAGUCCGGGUCAAAGAGGAAAACGGUUCUCCCGUAAACUGCUCCGCGUCCUGCAGCUCUCCUGGGCUGCCGGUGCCGGUGAAGCAGGAGGAGGCUGCAGCUCAGUGCCACUUCGCUCCUCCAAACCAAUUCAUCAUCAGCCAUCAGACCAUCAAGCAGCCUGAAACCCUGCAGUCCGUCCAGGCCGAAGCACAGAUCCUCCUGCCUGCUUCCCUCCCCAGCUCAGCAGUCGCUCUCCAGAUCCCUGCCAACUGCAUCAAAUUACACACUACUGUUAGCAGCCCGGCCCCAGGCAUCAUCCAGGCCUCUGGACAGGUGCCACUGAAAACAGAGGCCUCAGCAGCUUUACAGCAGCAACGCAGCGCUCACACUCCGCCACUGACAAAGACGUGGACGAUGGAUCCCGUAGCACAGAGCUUACUCAGCACAUUCCCAGCAAGUAGUAGUUGUCCUGCAGGAGCCGCCGUCUCUAAUGGAGCCGAGAAUAAGUCUCCCAGUCACAACCAGCCGACGAUGAUGUUGCACCAGCCGACGUUCACGCACCACUUGUCAAAGUGUAAAGACCCGCCUCGCUACGAAGACGCGGUCAAGCAGACGCGCAGCAUGCUGACGGCUGUUCAGGUGAAACAUACACAGGAAAUGAACGUAAAACUUUUUGCUUCAUGUCUUUGAAGUGUUAAAAAUUCAAUGACUGUUAUU